AUGGAGCUCAAAGAUGCCAACAAAAACUUCUGCUCUUGCAAACGCUUCCUCCUAUUCACACUUGUUUUGUUUCAAACAUUCUUAUGCUUCCAAUAUUCCUUCACCUCUAUUGCGUCUGUAGCCACAAACACAACUGUUGAAACUCCGGCCCAUAAUGUGUCUGAAACAUGUCCGUCCGGCAGGGUUUACGUCUAUGAUUUACCACCCAUGUUCAACAAAGAAAUGCUACACAAUUGCUCUAGUUUGGACCCGUGGAGCCCACGAUACUGCGACGCCGUUUUGAACGGUGGGUUCGGCCGGAGAGCGACGGAGAUCGCUGGGGUGGUGCCGGCGAGCCUAGCUCCGGCUUGGUACUGGACGGACCAGUUCAUGUUGGAAGUGAUUUUCCACAAUCGGGUUUUGAAGCAUAGGUGUAGAACUUUGGAGCCCGAAUCCGCUACGGCUUUCUACAUUCCCUUUUAUGCUGGACUCGCUGUUGGGAGGCUUCUUUUCACUGGCCGUAGCGGCGAAGAGCGCGAUAGGGAUUGCGAGAUGUUGUUGAGGUGGGUCCAACACCAGCCCUAUUGGAAAAGAUCGAACGGCUCAGAUCACUUCAUAACGCUGGGACGGAUGGUAUGGGAUUUUCGACGGUGGGGGGAGAACGAAUGGGGGUCCAGCUUUGUCCACAUGCCCGGGAUGAAGAAAGUCAAUCGCCUCGUCAUUGAGCGGAGUCCGUGGGACCCACUCGACAUCGGUGUGCCUUACCCCACUGGAUUCCAUCCCAGAUCCGAUGCUGACGUGUUGGAGUGGCAGAGGCAUGUUCGCGCACACAAGCGGAGCCGCCUCUUCUGCUUCGUCGGAGGGAAACGUGGCGCAUUCAAGGACGAUUUUAGAGGUCGGUUGCUGAGUUAUUGUCAGAACGAGUCAGAUUCUUGCCGACUCGUGGAUUGCAGCGGGACUCGGUGUUACAAUGGCGCCUCGGCUAUCUUGGACACGUUCUUGGGUUCCGAGUUCUGCCUGCAACCCAGAGGGGACACGUACACGAGGCGGUCCAUGUUCGACUGCAUGGUGGCCGGUUCAAUCCCGGUUCUUUUUUGGAAGCGGACCGCUUAUGAUCAAUAUGAGUGGUUUUUACCGGGUCAACAGCUGGCGAGUUAUUCAGUUUUUAUUGAUCACGAAUUGGUGAAAAAUGGGACGGCCAUAAUUAGGAAGGUGCUUGAGAAGUAUAGCAGAGAAGAGGUGAGGAAGAUGAGGGAGAGGGUGAUUGAAUUUAUUCCGAAACUUUUAUAUGCAAAACCUCAAGAGGGUUUGGAGAGUAUAAAAGAUGCUUUUGAUGUUGCCAUUGAAGGGGUCUUCAGGAGGAUUAAGGAGAAACAUGGAGGCUAA